AUGGGGCUCAGAGUAGCUAUAGAGCGCAAGAUCAAAUCAUUGGAAGUAUAUGGAGAUUCUGCAUUGAUAAUUUACCAACUUCGAGGUGAAUGCGAGACAAGAGAUUCCAAACUAAUCAAUUACAGAAGGCUAGUGUUGGGGUUAGUGGAAGAGUUUGAUGAUAUUACUUUCAAUUAUCUCCAGCGCGAUGAAAACCAGAUGGCAGAUGCUUUGGCUACUUUGGCUUCCAUGAUCAAAGAUAUAUUGCGAUAUGUGAGAAACCGUGAAUAUCCAGAUCAAGCCACGGAGAAUGACAAAAGAACGUUGAGAAGGCUUGCCUACGAUUAUAUUUUAGAUGGAGAGAUCCUGUACAAAAGAAGGAAGGAUCAGGUACUUUUGAGAUGUGUAGAUGCCGUGGAGUCCAAGAAAAUAUUGGAAGAAGUGCACGAAGGUGUUUGUGGAACACAUGCUAAUGGGUUCACAAUGGCCGACAAAUUAUGA